CACGUCGCCCCUCAGAUACGUAGUGUUUUCCCGUGUACUGCACAAGAAAAAUCACCCACAAUGAAGUUCGUAAUUGUCCUUUUCGCCGCUAUGGCUGUUGCCAGUGCUUACCCUGGAUACUUACACGCACCGGUAGUGGCGCAACCAUGGCUAGCACCGGAAGCUUGGCCAGCACCCGCACCUACGUACGUUAAGGUCCCUCAAGCACCAAUAGUCAAGGUAUCGGCUCCUCAGGUACAUGCUCCGGAAGUCCAUCAAGUGCUCCAGAUUCCGCAACAACCAGCUAUUCCACCCCCACACCCCCAGCCCCUCAACAUUAAGAUCCCCCAUGUGCCAACCGUGAAGAUCCCGUACCACGGACCCAAGGUCGCGACACCUCACCUCGUCGGCGUCGAGCACUACGUGGAGCCUCAGAUAAAGGUGGUGAAGGCCGCCCCCAUCUCCCAUCAUCCCUGGGAUUAAAGUUCCGCACGGCACCAACUGAACUCGCUUGCCCAGGGUGAGCAUCAAUCCUGGACGAGCCGUCCCGAGGUGCAUCUGGAGUAGCGACGCUUCACGAAUAACGAUAACCAUGGCCAACAUCGAAAUUUUCCUGGCGGGAAAGAAGCUCGAGACGAUAUACAUUUGAAGCAUCCGACCGUUUGUCGUUCUGCCAACGCUCGAGUUCUUCGUUCUCGAAGAAGGGGAAACUCAAACCCCUCCCCACCCUCUAAAUAUCGACCGAGGAAUCAUAUUAAUCGGAGGGAGAAAGUAUUGUCGAUCAGUAUUAUCCAACGAAUAAACGAUGGACGAGGAACGUCGAGGUUGUGGAUCACGAUCGACGAGGAUCAAGAUCGACGGCCUCAGGAUCGACGGCCAAAUCGAAUUUCUUCUUUUCGACACCAUCCGAACGCUCGGGCAAUUUCCAAUCUCGAGGGAAAAGUUAUUACGUUACGUUUAUUUCGAUCCUCUCCCUUUUUUUUUUUUUUUUUUUUUUUUUGGUCUACACGCGAUCUACACGGCGCAACGAAUUUUUUUACAGUAUCAGUUUCCUGUAUUUUGCCCCUCCAUCCCGCCCUCCUCUCUAACUCUACUUCUUCUUUUCUGGGCAAUCUCUGGUAAAAAUUUUUGUGCGUGAUAUUGAAGAAGACAUCGCGACAUCGGAGCCUUCAUUGUAUAUUUUCUUCUCUUCUUUCCGCCUACUCCUCCCUCCCCCUACCCUUAUCAUACUUUUGCAACAACACUUUUAUUUAUUUUCUAAUAAAAGUUAAUUUUUAUGUCUUGUGAUAAAAAAA